CACUGGAAAGCAGGGAGUUGGCCUCAGCAGUUGAUCACAUGCAGACCAGUUAACAACUGGUCUUGGAAACGCCACACUGGCACUUAAACCGGUCUUCCCAGCACGGUGGCUUAAAAGGAAACCUGCAUUUGCUGAUCCUGAAGACAGGCCAGCCCCAGCGUGUCCCUGGCUCUUAUCAGCCCUGGCAGAGCCGGUUUCUGAUGCGCUGAGCCUCUAAAGCCCCGCCACAGGGUGCUGCAGGGCCUGGCCCCGCUGCCUCCUGCUUGCACUUAAAGGGGCUGAGAAGCACCUUGUGACAUAUGGGGACAAGGCAGGGCAGUGGUGACAGACCGUGAAGGGAGACGAUGUUGGACCUCAUCAUCCUCACCGUUCAUUUCUUCAUCUGCUUUCUCAUCUCCAUUGCAAUCUGGUAUGGACCAAAGGAUGUGGAUUCACACAGCUCAAGCACAGGAGGAGCUGAAAUGGAGCCACAUGGUCUUAUAUUCAUUGGCAAAGAAGAGGACAUAAAGAAAUCUCAAAGAAUCACAGCCAAAAUCGAUGGCAGAGAAAUCGUUGUUUUCUACCAUGAGGGGAAAUUUCAUGCUCUGGAUUCUCGCUGCUACCACGAAGGAGGCCCUUUAUGUCGUGGAGAAAUAGAGGAUAUCGAUGGACAAGCAUGUAUUGUUUGUCCUUGGCAUAAGUUUAAGAUCACCUUGGAAACAGGAGAAGGAUUGUAUGAAGGAAUAAAUCCUCAGGAGCCAUCACCAACACCAAAGUGGCAGUCAAAAGGAGUCAAACAAAGGAUUCAUAAGGUCACAACAGACAAUGGAAAUGUUUAUGUGAAUCCUCCAAAUUUGUCUGUGAGUUUUGACUCUGAUUAUUUUGCUGAAAAGUACAAAAUUGGUGGUGAAUCAGCUAUCGGAAAACCAAGCCGCUUAGAAGCCAUGGAGUAGGUCAUGGACAGACAGCAGAAUCUUGGGGAAUGAACAAAUGAAGAAUCUUUGUUGGGAAACAGAAAUGUACUGUGCCAUGAAGAUUGUCUCAAAAUUAAAAUCUAAUAUUUUUAUGUUAAAGCACUGAAAAACAUAGAAAUGAUAAAGAUAAGAUGCCCUGCAUUGUCAGAAAUAUGACUGAUUUUGUGCUGAGGAUUUUUUUUUGCACUUGCAUUUCAAACAAACUUAAUUACAGCAGAGUGCCUCACAAUAUUUGAUAUUUUGCUAGAACUAUUUUAAUUUUAAGAGGGGAUAUAGUAUACUACUGCUUAUAAACAUUGCUUCACAAUUAAAAGUAGAUAGGUGUAAAGGUUAUCUUUAUAUACUUAACAGUUUAUACUUCUAAUGCCUGUAGUAAAAAUGACAUGGAAAUUUCUACUUUUUGAGAUAUUUGUGUGAUCUCUAGUCAUUUAUUAAAUGCCACAAAGUGAAGCACAG